AUGCGCAGCAGCAGGCGGCGGCGCGAGCCGAGCUCGGAGAUGGCGGCGGCGGCGGCCCCUAGCGUCGUUUCCAGGAGACUGGACCCCAAGGAGCCCCUGGGUAGCCAGAGAGCAGCUUCCCCAACCCAGAAGCAGGCUUCUGCUACUACUCCCGGCCACGAGAGCCCCCGGGAGAUGAGGGCACAGGGCCCAGCAGGCCAGGAGGCUGAUGGCCCCCGCAGGAUGCUGCAGGUAGACAGCAGGACGCAGAGAUCAGGGCGGUCCCCUUCGGUGUCACCGGACAGAGGCAGCACCCCCACAUCACCAUACUCCGUCCCACAGAUCGCCCCCCUUCCCAGCAGCACCCUGUGCCCCAUAUGCAAGACCUCGGACCUCACGUCGACCCCCAGCCAGCCAAACUUCAACACCUGCACCCAGUGUCACAACAAGGUCUGCAACCAGUGUGGGUUCAACCCCAAUCCUCACCUCACCCAGGUGAAGGAGUGGCUCUGUCUGAACUGCCAGAUGCAGAGGGCUCUGGGGAUGGACAUGACCACUGCGCCUCGCUCCAAGAGUCAGCAGCAGCUGCACUCCCCGGCUCUGUCUCCUGCCCACUCCCCAGCCAAGCAGCCCCUGGGAAAGGGGGAGCCAGAGAGACCAAAGGGCCAAGGAGGACCACAGCCCAGCCCCCGCCAGGCUGAGUCGGCCAGGGCAACCUCAGUGCUGGGACCUGCCCAAGCAGCUGCCCCUCUAGAGGCGGGGAGAGUGUCUCCUCAGCCCUCUCUCCCCACCAAGCUUUCCACAGCUGAGGCCAGGCCACUUGCAGGAGAGGCCCUGGCCAAAAGUGCCACUGCUGUGCCCUCUGGUUCUGGUGCUGGUGAGCAGACACAGGAGGGUCUCACUGGGAAGCUCUUUGGCCUUGGUGCAUCACUGCUGACCCAGGCGAGCACCCUUAUGUCUGUGCAGCCAGAGGCUGACUCCCAGGGCCAGCCUAUUCCCAGUAAGGGGCAACCCAAGAUCGUCUUCAGUGAUGCCAGCAAGGAGGCUGGUUCAAGACCUCUGGGCUCAGGGCCUGGGCCUGGGCCAGCACCUGGAGCCAAAACUGAGCCUGGGGCUAGAACAGGCCCGGGAUCGGGGCCUGGAGCCCUGCCGAGAACUGGGGCGACUACCAGUCCAAAGCAUGGCAAAGCAGAACACCAGGCAGCAUCCAAGGCCGCUGCCAAGCCAAAGACCAUACCGAAAGAAAGGGCCACCUGCCCACUGUGCCAAGCCGAGCUCAACGUGGGCAGCAAGGGCCCAGCCAACUAUAAUACCUGCACCACCUGUAAGCUCCAGGUGUGCAACCUGUGUGGCUUCAACCCGACACCCCACCUGGUAGAGAAAACUGAGUGGCUCUGUUUGAACUGCCAAACUAAGCGGUUGCUGGAGGGCAGCCUGGGAGAGCCGACCCCACUACCAGUGCCCACCUCACAGCAGCCCCCUGUAGGGGCCUCUCACCGUGCAACUGGAACAGCCCCUCUGAAGCAUAAAGGGCCACCAGGGCCUGUUCAGGCAUCAGGCCCUCUGCCCACCAAGGCCAGCCCCCUGCCUGCCAAGGCCAGCCCCCAAACCAAGCCCCUCAAGGUUUCUGAGCCUAGCAAAACCCCCAGCAGUGCCCAGGAGAAGAAGACAGGAGUCCCAGCUAAAGCUGAACCUGUGCCGAAGCCACCUCCAGAGACUACCCCGCCCCCUGGGACUCCUAAAGCAAAGAGGACUGAGCCUGCCACCCCUGUCAGCAAGGCUGUCCCAGAAGCCCCCAAGGGUGGGGAGACAGAGGAGCUGGUGGGCAAGCCUUACUCCCAGGACCUGUCACGGAGUCCACAGAGCCUCAGUGACACAGGCUAUUCCUCUGAUGGCAUCUCCAGCUCCCAGAGUGAGAUCACAGGGGUCGUACAGCAGGAAGUGGAGCAGCUAGACAGUGCAGGGGUGACGGGGCCACGUCCGCCCAGCCCCUCAGAGCUCCACAAGGUGGGGAGCAGCAUGCGGCCAAUACUGGAGGCCCAGGGCCUGGCCCCCAGUGGCGAGAAGGUCAAGCCACCCAGCAGCAGCAGGCGCGAGGAGCAGAAGCGGCGGCCGCACUCCUUAUCCAUCAUGCCUGAGGCCUUUGACUCUGAUGAGGAGCUGGAGGAUAUCCUGGAGGAAGAGGAGGACUCUCUUGAGUGGGGGCACCGGAGGGAACAGCGGGACAUGGCUGAGUCCUCGGACGAUUUUGGCAGCCAGCUGCGGCAUGACUAUGUGGAGGACAGCAGUGAGGGUGGCCUGUCCCCACUGCCACCCCAGGCCCCAGCCCAGGCGGCAGUGCUGACUGAUGAGGAGUUCAUGCGACGGCAGAUCCUGGAGAUGAGUGCUGAGGAAGACAACCUGGAGGAGGAGGAUGCUGUCACCUCUGGGCAUGGCCUGGCCAAACAUAGCACCCAGAAGAGUGGCAGAUCCAGAGCUGAGCCCAGCCAAGAGCCAGUAGCACUGCCCAAGAGGCGUCUGCCUCACAAUGCCACCACGGGCUAUGAGGAGCUGCUUUCUGAGGGCGGCUCAACUGAUGCCACUGAUGGCAGUGGGGCCUUGCAGGGAGGGCUCCGCCGCUUCAAGACCAUUGAGCUCAACAGCACGGGCAGCUACAGCCACGAGCUGGACCUGAGCCAGGGUCCUGACCCUGGCCUGGACCGGGAGCCUGAGCUGGAGAUGGAGAGCCUGACAGGUUCGCCUGAGGACCGCUCCCGUGGGGAACAGUCCUCAACACUGCCUGCCUCCACGCCCAGCUACACGUCAGGCACCUCUCCCACCUCCCUGUCCUCACUAGAGGAGGACAGCGACAGCAGCCCCAGCCGUCGGCAGCGGUUGGAAGAAGCGAAGCAGCAGCGCAAGGCCCGGCACCGCUCCCAUGGGCCCCUGCUGCCCACCAUCGAGGAUUCUUCUGAGGAGGAAGAGCUGCGCGAGGAGGAGGAGCUGCUGCGCGAGCAGGAGAAGAUGCGGGAGGUGGAGCAGCAGCGCAUCCGAAGCACAGCCCGCAAGACCAGGCGGGACAAGGAAGAGUUGCGGGCCCAGCGACGACGUGAACGCUCCAAGACACCGCCCAGCAACCUGUCACCCAUCGAAGAUGCCUCCCCAACAGAGGAACUGAGACAGGCGGCAGAGAUGGAGGAGCUACACCGCUCCUCCUGCUCAGAGUACUCACCCUCACCCUCCCUCGACUCAGAGGCUGAGGCCCUGGACGGUGGCCCUUCUCGGCUCUACAAGUCCGGCAGUGAGUACAACCUGCCCACCUUCAUGUCCCUCUAUUCACCAACUGAGAUGCCCUCAGGUGGCUCCACCACUCCCAGUUCUGGCCGGCCCCUCAAGAGCGCUGAAGAGGCCUAUGAGGAGAUGAUGCGAAAGGCAGAGCUGCUCCAGCGGCAACAGGGCCAGGUGACAGGAGCCCGGGGGCCCCAUGGUGGUCCUUCUCAGCCCACAGGCCCCCGGGGCCAGGGCACCUUUGAAUACCAGGACGCCUCGGACCAUGACUAUGGUAGGGCUGCUCAGCCUGCCUUGGGGGCUGCGUCAGCCAGCUUGGGGUCGGCCGUGUAUGAGGAGAUCCUGCAGACAUCACAGAGCAUUGCCCGGAUGCGGCAGGCCUCCUCGCACGACCUGACCUUCACUGAGGACAAGAAGAAGGAAAAGCAGUUUCUGAAUGCUGAGAGUGCAUAUAUGGACCCCAUGAAGCAAAAUGGCGGCCCUCUCACCCCCGGGACCAGCCCUACCCAGCUCGCUGCCCCUGUGUCGUUCUCCACCUCGACCCCCUCAGACAGCAUUGGGGGCCGAGUCAUUCCUGAUGUCCGUGUCACUCAGCAUUUUGCAAAGGAGCCUCAGGACCCCCUCAAACUGCACAGUUCUCCUGCCUCUCCUAGUGCUGCUACCAAGGAGGUGGGCAUGCCCUUCUCCCAGGGCCCUGGGGCCCCAGCAACCACAGCUGUGGCUCCCUGUCCCUCUAGCCUGCCACGCGGGUAUAUGACUCCAACCUCCCCAGCAGGCUCUGAGCGCAGCCCUUCACCAUCUUCCAUAGGCCACAGCUAUGGACAGAGCCCAACCACUGCAAACUAUGGGUCCCAGACUGAAGAGCUGCCCCAGGCUCCCAGUGGCCCUGCUGCUGCUGCUGGGCGGGCUCCCAGAGAGAAGCCCCUUGUGAGUGACGGCCAGAGCAGCAUUUCCCAGCCCUCCCGGGGAUAUUCCUACUUUGUGGGCUCUAGCCCACCCCUCUCCCCCACUUCCCCCUCAGAAAGUCCCAUUUUCUCCCCGGGCAAGCUGGGCCCAAGGGCCACAGCAGAGUUCUCUACACAGACGCCAAGCCCAACCCCCGCCUUGGACAUGCCUCGGAGCCCCAGUGCCUCCACUCCAACACCCAUGGUGGCCCAGGGCACACAAACACCGCACCGACCCAGUACGCCUCGCCAGGCCUGGCAGCAGUCUCCUCAGGAGGCUCCCUUUAUGGUUAUCACACUGUCAUCAGACGCCUCCAGCCAGACCAGGAUGGUUCACGCCAGUGCCUCCACUUCUCCAGUGUGCUCGCCUACUGGCUCCCAGCCCACUGCCCAUACCUAUAGUCAGACAAUGCCUCCCAGUGUGGCUCAGCCAUCCCCAGAACCACCUGGGCCACCCGGCCUCCCACGGGCACCCAGCGCUGGUACAGAUGGGCCCUUGGCACUGUAUAGCUGGGGUGCCUUGCCUGCUGAGAACAUCUCCCUUUGCCGGAUCUCGUCUGUCCCUGGGACAUCUAGGGUCGAGCCAGGCCCCAGACUCCCUGGCAGUGCAGUGGUAGACCUUCGCACAGCUGUCAAGCCCACACCCAUCAUCCUGACUGACCAGGGUAUGGACCUGACAUCUCUUGCCGUGGAAGCGAGGAAGUACGGCCUUACCCUGGAUCCGAUCGCAGGGCGGCAGUCUACUGCUGUGCAGCCCUUGGUUAUCAAUCUCAAUGCCCAGGAGCAGACCCAUGCCUUCCUCGGCACUGCCACCACCAUGAGCAUCACCAUGGCCUCAUCUGUGCUUAUGGCUCAGCCGAAGCAGCCUGUGGUCUAUGGAGACCCUUUCCAGAGUCGACUCGACUUUGGCCAGGGUACAGGUAGCCCUGUGUGCCUGGCCCAGGUGAAGCAGGUAGAGCAGGCUGUUCAGACAGCCCCAUAUCGAGGUGGGCCCCAGGGAAGACCCAGGGAGGCCAAGUUUGCCAGGUAUAACCUGCCCAACCAGGUAGCUCCUCUGGCCAAAAGGGACGUUUUGAUCACCCAGAUGGGCACUGCCCAGAGUGUUGGCCUCAAGCCAGGCCCAGUGCCAGAGGCUAGUGCUGAGCCCCACAGGGCCACCCCUGCAGAGCUUCGGCCACAUGCUGUACCAGGUGCCAGGAAGCCACACACAGUGGUUGUGCAGAUGGGCGAGGGCACAGCAGGUACUGUGACCACACUGCUCCCGGAAGAGCCGGCAGGUGCCCUGGACCUCACCGGGAUGAGGCCUGAGAGCCAGCUGGCUUGUUGCGACAUGGUCUACAAAUUCCCCUUCGGCAGGAGCUGCACUGGUACCUUCCAUCCUACUCCCAGUGCGUCUGAGAAGAGCAUGGCAGAUGCUGCUCCUCCGGGCCAAAGCAGCGGCCCUUUCUAUGGUCCCCGGGACCCUGAGCCUCCAGAACCCCCCACCUACCGGGCACAGGGCAUAGUAGGGCCUGGGCCCCACGAGGAGCAGAGGCCCUACCCACAGGCCCUCCCUGGUAGGCUGUACUCCUCCAUGUCUGACACCAAUCUGGCUGAGGCUGGCCUCUAUCAUGCCCAUCGACUUGGGCAGCUUUUCCAGGGCCCCAGUCGAGACUCAGCUGUGGACCUCAGCCCCCUGAAGCACUCCUAUAGCCUGGGCUUUGCGGAUGGACGCUACCUAGGGCAGGGCUUGCAAUAUGGCUCAUUCACAGACCUGCGUCAUCCCACAGACCUUUUGACUCACCCACUUCCCAUGCGGCGUUACAGCUCAGUGUCGAACAUCUACUCAGACCACAGGUAUGGCCCACGGGGAGACACAGCUGGCUUCCAGGAGGCCAGCCUAGCCCAGUACAGUGCUACUACAGCCCGUGAGAUCAGCCGCAUGUGCGCCGCCCUCAACUCCAUGGACCAGUAUGGCGGGCGGCAUGGCAGCGGUGGUGGUGGCCCUGACCUCAUGCAAUACCAGCCCCAACCUGGGCCUGGGCUCAGUGCUCCACAGGGUCUGGCUCCCCUCAGACCUGACCUUCUAGGGAACCCCACUUUUCCGGAGGGCCACCCAAGUCCUGGGAACCUGGCCCAGUACAGGCCUGCACCUGGCCAGGGAACAGCAAUCAGACAGCUGCUGCCAUCCACAGCCACUGUGCGUGCAGCUGAUGGCAUGAUCUACUCGACCAUCAACACCCCAAUUGCUGCAACACUGCCCAUCACCACCCAGCCCGCGUCAGUGCUGCGUCCCAUGGUGCGAGGCGGCAUGUACAGGCCUUACAUGUCCGGUGGAGUGACAGCUGUGCCGCUCACCAGCCUAGCACGAAUGCCUGUGAUUGCCCCCCGGGUACCUCUUGGACCCACAGGGCCAUACCGGUAUCCUGCACCAAGCAGAUUCCCCACAGCUUCCAGUGUCCCACCUGCUGAGGGUCCUGUCUAUCUGGGGAAACCUGCUGCUGCCAAGGCCCCGAGGGUUGGGGCCCCACCGAGACCAGAGCUUCCAGCAAGGGCUGCAAGGGAAGAACCACUUUCCACAGCCACCCCUGCUGCCAUCAAGGAGGCUGCAGCAGCCCCAGCCCCACUGGCUGCCCAGAAGCUGCCAGUAGAUGCUGCUCCUGGGCCUGGCAGUGGGGCCCUGAGCCGGCCAGGGCACGAGAAGGAGGAAGUGUCACAGGAGGAAAGGCAGCGGAAGCAGCAGGAGCAGAUGCUACAACUGGAGCGGGAGCGGGUAGAGUUGGAGAAGCUCCGGCAGCUGCGGUUGCAGGAGGAGCUGGAGCGGGAUCGUGUGGAACUGCAGAGGCACAGGGAGGAAGAGCAGCUGCUAGUGCAGCGGGAGCUGCAGGAACUACAGACCAUCAAACACCAUGUGCUGCAGCAGCAGCAGGAGGAACGACAGGCUCAGUUUGCACUGCAGCGGGAACAGCUAGCCCAGCAGCGCCUGCAGCUGGAGCAGAUCCAGCAGUUGCAGCAACAGCUGCAGCAGCAGCUAGAGGAGCAGAAGCAGCGGCAGAAGGCCCCCUUCCCUGCAGCCUGUGAGGUGCCUGGGCGAGGGGCUCCCCCAGCUGCCACUGAACUAGCCCAGAAUGGCCAGUACUGGCCACCCCUGACCCACCCAGCUUUCAUUGCUGUGGCAGGGCCAGAGGGGCCUGGGCAGCCUCGUGAGCCCUUGCCACACCGGGCUCUCCCUAGCUCCGCCUCAGACAUGUCACUGCAGACUGAGGACCAGUGGGAGGCAAGCCGCAGUGGCAUCAAGAAGCGACACUCCAUGCCACGCCUGCGAGAUGCCUGCGAGCCUGAGUCGGCACCUGAGCCUUGCAUGGUCAAGAGGAUUGCAGACAGCAGCGUGCAGACAGAUGAUGAGGAUGGGGAGGGUCGCUACCUCCUGACUCGGAGGCGCCGGACACGGCGGAGUGCUGACUGCAGUGUGCAGACAGAUGACGAGGACAACGCCGAGUGGGAGCAGCCAGUGCGCCGUCGCCGGUCCCGUCUUUCCCGCCACUCAGACUCAGGCUCCGACAACAAGCACGAUACCACUGCCUCUUCAUCCACUGCUGCUGCUGCUGCUGCUGCUGCGAGAGCUACGAGCAGUGUGGGCAUCCAGACUAUCAGUGACUGCUCUGUGCAGACGGAACCUGACCAGCUGCCUAGGGUCUCUCCAGCCAUCCACAUCACAGCUGCCACUGACCCCAAGGUGGAGAUCAUCAGGUACAUAUCAGCACCAGAGAAGACUGGCCAUGGGGAGAGCCUGGCCUGCCAGACGGAGCCAGAUGUGCAGGCUCAGGGUGUGGCUGGACCACAGCUUGUAGGGCCAAGCGCCAUCAGCCCUUACCUUCCUGGCAUCCAGAUUGUCACCCCAGGGCCCCUGGGCAGAUUUGAGAAAAAGAAGCCGGAUCCCCUGGAGAUUGGGUACCAGGCUCACCUGCCCCCUGAAUCCCUCUCACAGCUUGUGAGCCGCCAACCUCCUAAGUCCCCCCAGGUCCUCUACUCGCCAGUCUCACCCCUGUCCCCGCACCGGCUCCUGGACACCUCCUUUGCCUCAAGUGAGAGGCUGAACAAGGCUCACGUGAGUCCCCAGAAGCACUUCACAGUUGACAGCGCUCUCCGCCAGCAGACCCUGCCUCGCCCCAUGAAGAGCCUGCAGCGGUCCUUGUCUGACCCUAAGCCCCUCAGCCCCACCGCCGAGGAGUCUGCCAAAGAGAGGUUCUCCCUCUACCAGCACCAGGGGGGGCUGGGUAGCCAGGUGUCGGUGCUGCCACCCAACGGCCUGGUCCGCAAGGUGAAGCGGACACUGCCCAGCCCCCCUCCAGAGGAGGCUCACCUGCCCCUGGCCAGCCAGCCCCCCCCACAGCUGUAUGCAGCCAGCCUGUUGCAGCGUGGGCUGGCAGGGCCCACCACCGUCCCAGCCACUAAGGCUAGCCUGCUCCGGGAGCUGGACCGGGACCUGCGGCUGGUGGAGCACGAGUCCACCAAGCUGCGCAAGAAGCAGGCAGAGCUGGACGAGGAAGAGAAGGAGAUCGACGCCAAGCUCAAGUACCUGGAGCUGGGCAUCACACAGCGCAAAGAGUCUCUGGCCAAAGACCGGGGUGGCCGUGACUACCCACCCUUGCGUGGCCUCGGUGAGCAUCGUGACUAUCUGUCAGACAGUGAACUCAACCAGCUGCGGCUCCAGGGCUGCACCACUCUUGCUGGCCAGUACACGGACUUCCCUGCUGCUGCUGCUGCUGUUCCCACCACCCCCUCUGGCCCCACUGCCUUCCAGCAGCCCCGGUUCCCACCUCCGGCACCACAGUUCUCUGCAGGCACCAGUGGGCCAACUCAAAAUGGAUUCCCAGCCCACCAGGCACCCACUUACCCUGGCCCCAGCACAUACCCAGCACCUGCCUAUCCUCCUGGCACAAGUUAUCCUGCAGAUCCUGGGCUGCUAAGCCAGCAGGCUUUCCGUCCCACAGGCCACUACACAGGCCAAACACCUAUGCCAACCACACAGAGCACCCAUUUCCCAGUCCCAGCUGACAGCCGUGCCCCUCACCAGAAGCCACGCCAGACGUCGCUAGCUGACUUGGAGCAGAAGGUGCCCACCAACUAUGAGGUGAUUCCAAGCCCUGUUGUGGCCAUAUCGUCAGCCCCCUCUGACACCAGCUACAGUGGCCCAGCAGUGAGUAGCAGCUUUGAGCAGGGCAAGGCCCCUGAGCUGCCCCGGGCCAGUGAGCGUAGCAGUGUGAGCCAGAGUCCGGCCCCUGCCUACCCCUCUGACCCACACUAUACCAGCCUGGAGCAGAACGUCCCUCGGAACUAUGUGAUGAUUGAGGACAUCAGUGAGCUGACCAAGGACAGCACCUCCACUGGCCCUGAUAACCACCGUCUGGAGCCCCUGGGGCCGGGCAGCAGUGGACGUCCAGGGAAGGAACCCGGAGAAUCAGGUGUCCUCGAGGCCCCUGCAUUGUCCUGCUGCUAUGGCAGAGGGGAGGAGGAAUCUGAGGAGGACACAUAUGACCCCCGUGGGAAGGGUGGCCAUCACCGCAGCAUGGAGAGCAACGGCCGGCCGGCCAGCACCCACUACUACAGUGACAGUGACUACAGACAUGGGGCUCGAGCAGAGAAAUAUGGUCCCGGCCCCAUGGGGCCCAAGCAUCCCUCUAAGAGCCUAGCCCCAGCUGCCGUCUCCUCCAAGCGCAGCAAGCACCGGAAGCAGGGCAUGGAGCAAAAGAUCUCCAAGUUCUCGCCUAUUGAAGAGGCCAAGGAUGUGGAGUCAGACCUGGCCUCCUACCCUCCGCCUGCAGUCAGCAGCAGCCUGGGCUCUCGGGGCAGGAAGUUCCAGGAUGAAAUCACCUAUGGGCUCAAGAAGAACGUAUAUGAGCAGCAGAGGUACUAUGGGGUAUCUAGCCGGGACUCAGCAGAGGACGAUGACCGUGUAUAUGGCGGGAGCAGCCGGUCCCGGGCAGCUUCUGCAUACAGUGGGGAAAAACUGUCUGGUCAUGACUUCAGUGGCCGGGGCAAGGGAUAUGAGCGGGACCGAGAGGCUGUGGAGCGGCUUCAAAAGACAGGCCCCAAGCCCUCCUCCCUGAGCAUGGCCCAUGGCCGGGCACGGCCCCCCAUGCGGAGCCAAGCUUCUGAGGAGGAGAGCCCUGUCAGCCCCUUAGGGCGACCCCACCCUGCCGGGGGGACUCUCCCUCCUGGGGACACUUGCCCCCCAUUCUGCUCCAGCCACUCCAUGCCCGAUGUCCAAGAGCAUGUCAAGGAUGGACCGCGGGCCCACACAUACAAGCGUGAGGAGGGCUACAUCCUGGAUGACUCCCACUGCGUGGUUUCUGACAGUGAAGCAUAUCACCUGGGCCAGGAGGAGACAGACUGGUUUGAUAAACCCCGGGAUGCCCGCUCUGACCGGUUCAGGCACCACGGGGGCCACGCAGUCUCCUCCUCCUCCUCCUCCUCCUCCUCCCAGAAGCGAGGCCCUGCCAGGCACAGCUACCAUGACUACGACGAGCCCCCUGAGGAGGGCUUGUGGCAGCACGAUGAGGGCGGGCCAGGCCGCCACACCUCCGCCAAGGAACACCGACACCACAGCGACCACGGGCGGCACUCAGGCCGCCACACCGGCGAGGAGCCAGGCAGGCGUGCUGCUAAACCACAUGUUCGGGACCCAGGUCGCCAUGAGGCCCGGCCCCACCCUCAGCCUGGCCCUGCCUCGGCUAUGCAGAAGAAGGGGCAGCCUGGGUACCCCAGCUCUGCUGAAUACUCACAGCCAUCUCGUGCUCAGUCGGCAUACCAUCAUGCCUCCGAUAGCAAGAAGGGCUCCCGACAGGCCCACUCUGGGCCCCCCACUGCACUGCAGCCAAAGCCAGAACCCCAGCCACAGCCACAAGGUUGGCAGGCACCUCCAGGGUCACAGCAGUCACAGCCGCCACUAUCUAGGCAGGGGCCCUCAGCAACAACAUCACGCCAGCCACAGACACAGCAGCAUCAGCCCUCUCAACAGGCCCCGUCACAGGCUCGGCUGCAGCAGCAGGGUCAGCCAGCCACCCGGGGCCUGGCCCCUGCUGCCAGCCAGCCAGCAGGGAAACCUCAGCCAGGGCCCACGACAGCAGCCACAGGUCCCCAGCCAGCAGGACUGCCCCGGGCAGAACAGACCAGUGCCUCCAAGGGGACAGCCAAAACACCCCAGCAGGGGAAGCCUCCUCAGGCCCAGCCACCUCCAGGACCUGGACCUGCAGGCGUGAAGGCUGGAGCCAGGCCUGGUGGGACUCCGGGGGCUCCUGCUGGCCAGCCAGGUGCUGAAGGGGAGAGCGUGUUCUCCAAGAUCCUCCCUGGUGGGGCAGCAGAGCAAGCUGGCAAGCUGACAGAAGCUGUCUCUGCUUUCGGCAAAAAAUUUUCCUCAUUCUGGUGA